AGAAAGCAGUGCGGCUUCUCCUGUUUGAUGUGGCUCCGCAUACCCGCGGUGUCAACAGAUUUAGCUCAAAAUAGCAUAUGCAGUCACUUUUUUUUAUUUAAGCUGAAGCAAACAGACAUCUGUGUUGUCUGUAGCAACAUAACCCGUCAGCAGGAUAAAACUGCGGGCCCCUGCAGACGCACAAUUGCGCAUUCAGAAAAAAAAACUCCAAUAUUCCAAAGGGAGCCUCUGCGUGUGGCGCGCUGUGGCGACCUUUGCGCACGUCUUAAUAUUCUUUAUCUCCGCGCUCCGGGGGAAUUGGAGAUCCAAUCUGCAGUUUGAAUAAGAUCCAGAAGUAUUCCUGCUGCAAUCCCGUUUAUCAUACAGGUAUAUGGAGCCGCGGGGGGAUUGCUUGUGAGCGCAGGAAGUAAGAAAAAAAAAAAGGUGGAUCGGAUUCGGGAUGAGUCAGGAGCGCAUUUCAUGUUUUUCCCUGGGAGCUUCAGGCUGAGGCAGCUGAGGGGAAUCUGCAUAUCGACUGCCAGACGCACGCGCCGCGCACACGAGCGUGCGUAAAAAGGGGGCGUGUGGGACGGGCAAGGACUCAAGCAAGCCCCCCCUCCGCAUUUGCAUCGGUCUAGGAAUCGGGAGCGGUUGUACAGAGAAAGAGAGAAGGUGGACACACACAGUAAUAGAGGAAACUUAAAUGUGAGGACUUUUAUUUUGGAUAGAUUGCGCCUUUUUUGCGCGCCUCCCUCUGGAUCGUCCCCUCACUGUGGCCGGAUUUCAGAUGUGACAGCGCAGAGUGAGAGACGGAGGAUCAGCGGGGGAGGAGACGUGUCUGUGCGCGGAGAACAGAGCGGGUAUACCCGGCUGCGCGUCUGCGCCGCACCGCUCCAUGUUGUUGGGGAGGGAGAGUCUGCAUGGGGAGACAGGGAAGAAGUUGAAUUGGUGCUGAAAAGCUCCGGAUCGGACGUGUUGUCAUUCCAAGAGAUCCGUGGGAUCGUGGAUCCACGCAUGUGGGGAGUGGAGAGAGGAGGGCCGGAUGCCUGCGGGUCUGCGAGUCCUGGAGACGCAGCAGAGGACUGCAGCCCGCCUGGGCAUCAACUAAAGGAGUAAGAAAGCAAGGUGGAGGCUCUUUUUAUUUAUUUUUUUCCCUUUUCUUUUAUUUCCUUGGCGCAUCUUUGGAGAGGAUAUGGCACACCGCGCGCAAACGAGAGGAGACAGGAGCUGAGAGACAGGAUGCCAGCCACCUGAGCUCGGGCUCCGAUCAGCUCCAACUUUUCCUAAAAAAAACAACACUUCAUGUCGAUGACUUGAACUUUCAAAAGCUUUUGGAGGAAUUCGGAUGCUUUUUUUCGUUCCUUUGUCCUUUUCUUUGGAUGUUUGAUUUUAUUUUUCUGGGCGACAAAACAAGGAUGCAUUGUGGAUUAGUUUUUAUCCUGUUAAUGGGAAUCCUCCUGGUGGUCAAGGCUUCGGAAAAAGAUAAAUGCGGAGGCAACAUCAAAAUCUCCACCCCCAGCUACCUCACCUCGCCCGGUUACCCCAGUAGUUACCCCGCCUCCCAGAGGUGCACCUGGGUGAUCACCGCGCCUGGUCCUCACCAGCGGAUCUUCAUCAAUUUCAACCCGCAUUUUGACCUGGAGGAUCGGGAAUGCAAGUAUGACUACGUGGAGGUGCGAGACGGCGUGGACGAGAGCGGGCAGCUGGUGGGGAAGUACUGUGGGAAGAUCGCGCCGUCCCCUGUCGUCUCCUCAGGGAACCAGCUCUUCAUCAAGUUUGUGUCCGACUAUGAAACCCAUGGAGCGGGUUUUUCCAUCCGAUACGAGAUUUUUAAGACCGGUCCCGAGUGCUCCAGGAACUUCACCUCCAGCGGCGGUGUCAUAAAGUCGCCCGGGUUCCCGGAGAAAUACCCCAACAACCUGGACUGCACUUUCAUGAUCUUUGCCCCAAAGAUGUCGGAAAUCAUUUUGGAGUUUGAGAAUUUCGAUUUGGAGCCCGACCCCACGCCCCCUGUUGGUGUGUUCUGCCGCUACGAUCGGUUGGAGAUCUGGGAUGGCUUCCCUGGAGUUGGCCCUUACAUCGGCAGGUACUGCGGGCAGAACACUCCGGGCCGAAUCAUCUCCUACACGGGCAUUUUGGCCCUGACAAUCAACUCCGACAGCGCCAUCGCCAAGGAGGGCUUCUCCGCCAACUUCACCGUCAUCGAGAGGACCGUCCCGGAGGACUUCGACUGCAGCGACCCUCUGGGAAUGGAAUCGGGGGAGAUCACAUCAGACCAAAUCAUGGCCUCUUCCCAGUACAACCCCAGCUGGUCCCCGGAGCGCUCUCGCCUCAACUACUACGAAAACGCCUGGACGCCGGCGGACGACACCAACAAGGAGUGGAUUCAGGUGGACCUCGGGUUCCUGCGGUUUGUCUCAGCCAUCGGUACCCAAGGAGCUAUUUCCCAAGAAACCCAGAAGAUUUACUACGUCAAGGCCUACAAAGUAGACGUCAGCUCCAACGGAGAAGACUGGAUCACGUUAAAAGAAGGCUCCAAGCAGAAGAUUUUCCAAGGCAACACCAACCCAACAGACGUUGCCAAGACAAAGCUGCCCAAACCCACGCUGACACGCUUCGUACGGAUCCGUCCUGUUACCUGGGAGACGGGGAUCGCGCUGCGCUUCGAAGUGUACGGCUGUAAGAUAUCAGAGUAUCCGUGUUCUGGCAUGCUGGGAAUGGUAUCAGGCUUGAUCCCCGACACCCAGAUCACCGCAUCGUCCCACACCGACAGAAACUGGGUCCCCGAGAACGCCCGGCUCCUCACCAGCAGAACGGGGUGGACUCUGCUGCCCCAGCCGCAGCCCUUCAGCAAGGAGUGGCUGCAGGUGGAUCUGGGGGAGGAGAAACGAGUGAAAGGGUUGAUCAUCCAGGGAGGGAUGCACCGUGAGAACAAGGUGUUCAUGAAGAAGUUCCGCCUGGGCUACAGCAGCAACGGCUCCGACUGGAGGAUGGUGAUGGAUCCCAGUGGGAGCAAGCCAAAGAUAUUUGAAGGUAACAGCAAUUACGAUACUCCUGAGCUGAGGACGGUGGAGCCCCUGCUGACCCGUUUUAUCAGGAUUUAUCCGGAUAGGUCACCUCCUGCUGGAAUGGGUCUACGACUCGAACUGCUUGGCUGUGAAGUUGAAGCUCCUACGCUCCCUCCCACCAUUCCGAGCACAACCCCAUCAGACGAGUGCGACGACGACCAGGCGAGCUGCCACAGCGGCACAGGUGAUGACUACGAUGUGACAGCAGGAGGUACCAUAACACCAGACACUACUACAGCUGAAGUGGUUGCCACCCCAGCUUUCCAGUGGUUCGCCUGUGACUUUGGCUGGGCCAAUAAGCCCUCCUUCUGCAGCUGGACAUCUGAGGACACUGGCUCUUGGUGGCAGAUCCAGUCCAGUGGCACCCCAACAUUAAAUACCGGACCCAACAUGGACCACACAGGUGGAUCAGGGAAUUUCAUCUACACCCUAGCGACUGGUCUUCAGGAAACAGAGGUGGCUCGCCUGGUGAGUCCUCUGGUCACCUCCCCGGACGCAGACCUGUGCAUGUCCUUCUGGUACCACAUGUUUGGGUCGCACAUUGGAAAGCUACACAUCAAACAACGCAAGCCAACAGACGACGGGCCAGCAGACAUCCUGCUGUGGGCUGUCAGCGGUCACCAAGGCAACCGAUGGCGGGAGGGCCGGGUCUUUGUGCCUCGGAACAAUAAUCCCUAUCAGGUGGUGAUUGAAGGCAUCGUGGAGGAAAGGAGAUGGGGAGACAUUGCUGUAGAUGACAUCAAGGUUCUUGAUGGACUCAGCAUGCAAGACUGUAAAGAUCCGGAUGUUCCCACGGAGGAGGAUAGAUUUAACGAAAUAAUUGAGGCAGUCACAGAUUAUCCAGACUCUGUCCAGACCAAUCAGAUCAGUGAAGCAGGCAACAUGCUGAAGCAGCUAGACCCCAUCCUAAUCACCAUCAUUGCCAUGUCUGCCCUGGGGGUCUUCCUCGGGGCCAUCUGCGGAGUGGUUUUAUACUGCGCUUGCUCACACGGCGCCAUGUCAGAGAGGAACUUAUCGGCCCUGGAGAACUAUAACUUUGAAUUGGUGGAUGGUGUCAAGCUAAAGAAAGACAAACUCAACGUGCAAAACUCAUACUCGGAGGCGUGAGCGUAUGAUGGGCAUAGCUCGCACAAGACUGAAUGAGCGUAUCCUCUUGUAUCUCUGCGGGACGCCCGGCUCAAUGGAACUGCCAAUGUCCUCAACUUGACAGGAUGAGGGCCCGGUUCAGGUAUCAGCGGGAGGUUUGGACUGAUCCACGCUUUUCUCAGGAGCUGCAGUAAAACAACCUACCGUUAGGGGACACUGUGUACAAAAGACAUACAGGAAAAAAAUAUGUAAAGAUGAUUUAGAUGAUAUUUUAAUUUUGUAUUUUUAAUUUUCAUUCAUUUUUACAAUCGAAUGCUGGUGUUGAGACCAAUUUAUUAAUAAUGUCAAAAGUAUUUAUCAUUUUGUGGGAAAGAGAGGAGUUCUUUUUAGCAUCAGUUCAUGAAAGCUGUUUUGAAAGAGAAAUCCUUAAUGAACCAUAUCCGGCAAAACUGUAGAUUUGCCCCAUGGUGUGGCAUAAAGAGUGUGCCCUUAACCUAUACCCCCCCUCCAAACGUGUACCCUACCCCCUUUGACCCCUUUCACUCUAAAGUGAGGGUCCCAUUCAUGGCAACGUAUGGUUCUGACAGUGCCUUUAGUAGCUUUCCGUUGGCCUCCGCUGUUGAAAAGGGUGUUUUUUACUGUACUUGAUUAAGUUAUGAUGGCAGGAAACAGGGCACAUUAACUUUUAAACUCCUGGAGAACAGGAUUAUAGUUUAUCAUAGUGCUUUUUUUUCUGCUUUGUGUUCUGUCCAAAAUAAAAAAAAACACACUGUAAAUAAGUUUUAAUAUAUUUUAUUGCCCUUUUUAAAGAAAGUAAAAAAAGAAACAAAAAAAGCUGCAGUAUCCCUUUUUUCAUGGGUGUGUGCGUGUAUGUGUGUGUAAAUACAGUCUGUUUUGUGCAAAGUGCAGUGUUGAUUUUUAGAGUUUGUAGCGAGAUCUGUGUGUGUGUGUGUGAUGUUGCAGCGAUCUCAGCGUGCAUUUAAGCUAACUCUCAUUUCAAAAUAAAAGAGUACAUAACAGGACAACUGCAACCAAAAUACAUCAACGAUACUCACCUCUUCAUGCUGAUCUUCAUAGGUUCCCACCAUUUCUAGUCAUAAUGCAAGUUAGCCCACAACCCCCAGCGUCACUGUGGACUGUUCCCUGCAGGUCAAUGCAACGUGAAGUCCGUUCCAGUUCGACCCUAAAACUGAAGAAUGGUGCUAUCAGUCAUUUUUGCCAACCCCACUUUGUAUCGUCCACAUGCGAUUGUGUAGCCAAAGGCCUUUUUUUUUUUCUCUUCAUGUGUUCCUUA